CGAUGGCGGCGGUGCGGGGCUGGGCGCUGGCGGCCGCCGCGGCGCGGAGCCGGCCCUACGCCGUGCUGCAGAAGCAGAACCUGGCGCUCCUGGGCAGCGUCCUCAGCGCCCUGCUGCUCGCCAUCGUCCUCCUGGCCCUCUGCGUCUACAAGCCCGUGCGGCGGCGGUAGCGGCGGGGCCGCGGCGGCGGCAGACGACGGCAGCGGCGGGACGACGACGACGACGAUGGCGGCAGAUGGCGGCGGCGGGACCAUGACGGUGGCGGCAGACGGCGGUGGCAGGACCAUGACGGUGGCGGCAGACGGCGGCGGUGCCGACGGGACGCCAGCGGUGGCAGCGAGCGGCGGACGCCCUCCGCGCCGCGUCCGCCCGGCCCGGCCCGGUUUAGCGCCGGCCGCGGUCGCGGUGGCGAUGGCGCCGGCGCCGGGCCGGGCUGUGCUCCCCGGUGAGCUCGGCUCCCCGCCGCAGCGCCGAGUCCGGACGGUUCCUCGCGGAGGCGAACGCCCGGCCGCGGCCGCGCGCCUGCCUCCGGGCGGGAACGCCGACGCGCGAGCAAAACCCGGUUGAGCCCGACACCGGCUGCUUUUACCCUCGACCAAACACCCGCCGACAGCCUCGCGCCGAAACCGCAACGCCGAACCUGUUACGCGUUUGGGUGCGGCGGGGGGUUGCACUAAACACCCGCCUGGCGGGAGCCGGGGCAGGUUACUGCGAUACUGGAAACACUUCCGAGCUUCCAGCGUUGGUAACAAGCCGGUCCGGCUGGAGAGCCCGUUCUCGCCGCGCCGCUCGUCCCCGCUCCCUGGAAGCGGUUGAGCCACGGACACAUCCCUGUUCUGUGCGUCGUGUGUAACGAGCUCAAGUGCUUACACUGAAAUCACACUUGCAUAUGAAUGCUGCUAUUUUUUUUUUUUUUUUUUGCACUGCCGUGAGUAAUAACUGGAUUUUGCUUGUAUGUAUUACUUUGAUAUUUAACAUAGUGGGUUUUUUUAUAUAAUUUAUUUUGAAACUUUACUUCCAGGACAAUUGUGUUGACAUGUUCUCUAAAACCUUGUGUUACAUUUUACAUGUUUUCUGAUUCAGUUUACUUUAAAGGACACUGACCAUUCUCAGUGAUUUUCUUUACUGCUCUGUUAUUUUAGUAAAAUGAUGGUAUGAGGUCGGUCUAGAGCAAAUAUAACUUCUAAUCUACAUGAGAUGAGAGAGGGAACAAGGUAACAUUGCUCUUUUUUUCAGUCGCAUCAGAGUCUUGUAUCACUUUGUCCUUCAUCUGCUGUAAAACUUCCCGCCGGGAGCUGAGUGCUGCUCGCAAGGGGGAGGCCUGGAGCCGCAGCUCCGCGUUCCCUGGAGCUGCGAUCUGCUUGUGCGCGCUCAUUGCUCCCUGCUGUGUCUCUUUGUACAAAUAAAAAGCUGAGCAAGCAA